AUGCUGGGCUUUUCAUAUGGAGAAAUAUUUCUGUUGCUUGGAGCCACGGCUGCUCUGAUAGGUCCAAAGGAUUUACCAAUCAUAUCCAGAACAGCAGGGAGACUUGCUGGUAGAGCUAUUGGAUAUGUACAACUCGCUCGUGGUCAGUUUGAAACUGUUAUGCAGCAAUCACAAGCACGGCAGGUUCAUAAGGAACUGCAAGACACAAUGGCUCAGCUAGAUGCUAUUCGUCAUGAAAUUCGAAGCAUAUCAAUCAUAAAUCCUGGCCCUUUGACGCGGAGGUUUGUGGAUAAUCCCGACCAGACAUCUGUUCCAAAUGACAAUAGAAAAUCAGAAGAUUCAGGAGAGAAUCACCCGAUUCCCGCUGCCAUCAAGGAUUCAAAUGUAGUGUCUUCUAAUUCAUGCAAUAUGCAAAGUCAAGCAACCAUUUAUGCCAGAUUGGCAGAGUCCCCUGCUAUAAAGGAAUUGUCAGUAAGUAGUCCUGAAGCUGAGAAGAUAGAAGACCAACUGCAGCUUACUGUCUUACCCAUUUCUGCUGAAAACGCUGGACUAUUACCAAAUCGGGGGGCUGAUGUGAAAGGAUCUGACAUUGUUCUAGAAGCAAUUUUGGAGGCAGAGGUAGCUCGUAACGCAAAGGAAUUCUUUUCGCAGCCCCAAAACCAAAUCAAAUAUGAUUGA